AUGGCCUCUUCAUUGAUUGGAAGCAAAGUAGGCGAGUCUCAGGGGGUCCGUAAGGCAGCAGAAUUCAAAAGGAGCACUUUUUCCUCUCCUCCAUCUCCUGUAACCCAAUCAAACGUUCUUCCUCCUUGCCCACAAGCUGUACAGCCAUUUGAUAUAGCUAGCCACAAUAAGUCCCCAUCUGGCCAUUUCAACGUCACAGCUAAUAUUGCGAAUAUUGAGCGCUCAAAUGUUCCAUCACUCAUUCCUCUCCCGUCACCUGCUUCCAACGUAUUUCCGAAUAACUUAUCUGCCAAAUAUGAGAUUAAAAGCCAGGUGCAGAGUCAAAUAGUUACACCAACAUACUCUACUACAAUACCAAGUCAAAACCAGACUAAUAUGUACCAGUAUCAGCCCCAAUUUCCACCUUGUUCUUACGUUUCUCAGGAGCACCAGAGCCCCCCACUUCAGUAUUCAAGACAGCAAGCUCAAAUUAAUUAUUCUGGCUACUACCAUCCCGCCUACAUGGACUCGCCAAGUUCUUGGGAUACUCCUCAAAAUAUUACAGCUGUAAGCCAUAUAUACCUUUUCUGA